UCUAAGAUAAACACACAUACAUAAUGUCAGACUUUCGAAAAUCGUUGGGUUGUAGUUUUUCGCUUUUAACGAGGUGUUUAUCGCGUACCCGUUCAACAAUGGCACCGGAGAUCAAGUAUACAAAGCUCUUUAUCGACAACAAGUGGGUUGACGCUGUCAGCGGCAAGACUUUUGAUACGUACAAUCCUCACGAUGGUUCCGUUAUCGCAACGGUGGCUGAGGGUGACGAGGCCGACAUCAACUUAGCGGUGGCGGCAGCAAAGCGUGCAUUUCAUCGCAACUCUGAGUGGAGACUAAUGGACGCCGCCCAGCGCUGGGCUAUCCUGGACAAGUUCGCCGACCUGGUACAACGAGACACGCAGUAUCUGGCUGAAUUAGAGUGUUACAAUAAUGGAAUGUUGCUUUCGUCUGCCAUUUUGUCGCUUAAGUACAAUGUUGUUGAAAAUAUCCGAUACUUAGCCAGUUUAGCUGACAAAAUACAGGGUGAUACAAUUCCUUUGAGUGGAGAAGUCUUCGCGUACACACUGAAGCAACCUAUUGGAGUAUGUGGCCUUAUUCUACCAUGGAACGGACCUAUCCUUCUAUUUAUAGUGAAAGUUGUGGCUGCCUUGGCUGCAGGUUGUACGGUGGUGGUGAAGCCGGCAGAGCAGACGCCGCUGACUGCACUAGCGCUGGCUGCGUUGCUGCAGGAGGCGGGUUUGCCGGCGGGUGUUGUUAACGUCGUCAACGGUUUCGGAGUCGGCGCCGGCACCACACUCACUCAUCACCCUGACGUCGCCAAGAUCUCAUUCACUGGAUCACUUGAAGUUGGAAAGCUGAUUCAACAAGCAGCUGGAGCUAACAACCUGAAGCGAGUGACACUCGAGCUCGGCGGCAAGAGUCCUCUGGUUAUCAUGGACGAUGCGGAUUUAAAUGCAGCGAUUCCUUACGCUGCGUAUUCAAUCUUCUCGCAUCAGGGCCAAAUGUGUAUCGCGGCUUCCCGCGUCUACGUACAGUCCGGUGUCUACGACAAGUUUGUGCAGGGAGCCGUCGCUAUGGCUAAGAAGAGGGUCAUUGGCAACCCUACAGACCCGGCUACCGAACACGGACCUCAAAUUGACGCUGAAAUGUUUAACAAAGUACUGGGUUACAUUGAAGCGGGUAAAAAGGAGGGUGCCAAAGUACUAACUGGCGGAAAGAGAGUUGGCAAUACUGGCUACUACAUCGAACCAACUGUUUUUGUUGACGUUACAGAUGAUAUGAAAAUUGCUAAGGAAGAAAUUUUCGGUCCAGUCCAAUGCAUUCUCAAGUUCGACACACUUGAAGAAGUUAUAGAGAGAUGUAAUAACACCAAUUACGGCCUUGCCGCUGGCAUCUUUACCAGCAACCUAAACACAGCUCUACAGUUCAGUAAACACGCGGAAGUCGGCAAAGUUUGGAUAAACACAUAUUUGAUGAUGGGACCACAAGCUCCUUCUGGAGGUUGGAAAGAUUCAUCUAUUGGAAUAGAAAAUGGUCUUCAAGCUGUCGAUGCCUUUUUGGAACAGAAAACUGUGGCUAUCAACUUACCAAAGAAGUUUUAAAUAUUUGUUAAUUUUGUUAUAAUUUU